AUCUAAUCUCGUCACCCCGAUCUCGUCCUCCGCCGCCACUUUCCCUGGCCACGGUAGAUCUCGACAUGGUACAGACAGACUCUGCCAAGCUCGCUGCGCUCGAGGCGACCCUACUGAACACCUCUGGAAACGUCCCGCUGCAUAGCCGGUUUCGUGCGCUCUUCACGUUGAAGUCGCUCAGGACAGACGAGGCUAUCAGGAUUAUCUCAAAAGGCUUCGCCGACGACAGUGCCUUGCUCAAACAUGAGCUCGCCUACUGUCUCGGGCAAACGAAAAAACCCUUCGCCCUCCCCACGCUCGAAGCUGUCCUCGCAAACGAGUCAGAAGACCCCAUGGUCCGGCACGAGGCUGCCGAAGCGAUGGGUGCCAUAUCCGCUCCGUCGAGUAUCCCGGUACUCACGCAAUACCUGAACGACUCGAACAGGAGCGUGCGCGAGACGUGCGAGAUCGCGCUUGCGAAGAUUGAGUGGGACAACUCGGAGGAGGGCAAGAAGCACUGGAGUAGUGCCGCGUCCUCAUCAGACCAAGCUUACACCUCCAUCGACCCCGCUCCGCCCUCUUCAAAACUCCUCUCCGGCAAGGCCGCACCGGAAGAUACCUCCGAUGAGGCUAUCGCCAAGCUGAAAGACAUCCUCCUCGACACGUCACGUCCUCUCUUUGAGCGAUACCGGGCAAUGUUUGCGCUUCGAAAUAUCGGCACCCCCGCUGCCGUCGACGCGCUCGCCUCCGGCUUCUCCGACGAUAGCGCACUGUUCAAACACGAGAUUGCCUUCGUAUUUGGCCAACUCCUCUCCGCCCACUCCGUCCCGUCCCUCCUCAAAGUGCUGCAGAACUCAUCAGAGUCCGACAUGGUCCGGCACGAAGCUGCAGAGGCCCUCGGGGGUAUCGCCACGCCCGAAGUGCUUCCUCAUCUGAAGGAGUGGUCACAGCGCGAGGACUCGCCACGCGUGGUCAAGGAGAGCUGUAUCGUCGCGAUCGAUAUGUGGGAGUACGAGAACUCUGGCGAGUUCCAAUAUGCAAAUGGCCUGGGAGACGGCAACGCCGUGUCAGCUGUUGGUGCAUGAGUCCUAGUUGUCAUGGGCCGGGGCCAUUCUGGUGCGUAUGCGCCAUUUAUCGGCGGGAUCGCGCAUUUUGUAGCGUUAGGUUUGCUUGUUGUUUGCAUGCUCGAAAUAUCACCGUUGUAUUUUCAGAUCGUCUCAACAAAG